AUGUCGGCGUACUUUUGGAUCUGGGCCUGCUUGUUGCUACGGAUCAGCGCCGUUGCCGGGCAGGACAAGACAGCAGAUGAAACGGUCACCUGUUUGGUGUCCAAGGAGUGCCACCUCCCCUGCAUGUUCCCGCCAGCUCCAAACACCAGCGUCCGCUGGUUCCGACAGGACAUUUUGAUGUACAGCUUUGGCCAAACACCAGGGCAGAACCAAACAGGGCGAGCGGCGGGUUUUCUGCCAAUGAUUGAGGACGGCAAUGCCACGCUGGUCCUCAAGGAGGUGGGACUCAAGGACCGCGGCACGUACCGGUGUCACGUGCGCACGUCGCAGGGGAAACACAAUGCCAAGGUGGUCCUGAAAGUGGAGGCACCUGUCCAAGGUCUGUCCCUGGAGUUGUCGCGGCUAAGCGGUUAUGAGGAGAUGAAGUGCACAGUACGAGACGUAUUUCCGCCGCCCCGUGUCACCUGGGCGACGGAGCCGCCCACCUUCGAGGACCUACGACCUGUCACGCGCAUGCUGGCCGACAAGCGGGGUCUGUACACGGCCGACAGCAAGCUGAGGGUUCUGAAAGGACAGCCAGACCUCAUCUACAUAUGCAAAGUCAGCACCUCCUAUGGGGGGCCGACGUGGACAUCCUCAUUGCGGGAGAGAGCGAUAUCAGGAAAUGAAGGUCACGAUCUGACCAUCCCUUGCUUCGCCCCGCCGUACCUGAACAGCCCCACCCUCCACUGGAACUUCUCAAAUGGCGAGGACCCGGCGCACAUCCUGACCUACGACAGUCGCUCGGGCCACUGCAUGUCGGAACCCGCCUGGGACCGCUACGUGGAGCUGGACGGCUUCAGGGUCCCGUUCGGGGACGGCUCGCUUCGCCUGAUGGCCCCCGAACACGCCCGCCAUGAGGGCACCUACAGCUGCUUCUUUGCCAUGCCGUACAACAUGCACACGGAGCGCACCGAUGUCACCAUCUACACAGCUAACGGUGAGCAGAACGAGGCGCUAACAACGUCCUACUGGUGGAUUGUCGGCCUGGUCGUAGCCGUGUCAGUCCUGGCAUUGGUGGCCAUGUUGGUUUACUUGAAGAUGAGAGGAAACACGGCAAAGCCUCCGUCACAUGACCCCGAGGAAGAGACCGAGCUGAAUUCAGUCAAAGGCGUUCAAGGCGAGCAUGAACCCAGCAACCGUUUUUCCGCCGGAGGCCACAACAGCCAAUCAGGCCUCUCCUGA